AUGUCUUUUGGGACAAUAACGAUAAUAAUUAUAAAAAAAAAACGUUCAAACUUCAAAUUAGUGACCGAGAGCGUAACAGCACUGAUGUCCUUUGUUCAUCCUGGCAGGAGUGGCCUCAUUGUCUUGAGAUUUUUUCAGAGUCACCGCUCGUAUCACAAGACCAUUGGCUAUCGGUACCGUCCUUCUCAGCGGCCGGGUGAUCACAGACAGUCGCGUGUGGCGGGAAGAUUGGUGGCAGAAACGGCACGUGUGCCACUGAAAAGCAGCAGCUCAGCGGGCAGGGGAUCCGAUGACAACAAUUCAUUUGCUCGUGGUACCAGUACGAGAGACGGUCACGAGGGAGUUGACUCUUUGGCGGGACCAUCUUCACCACAGGCGUAUUUGUACCGCUUGCGGCAUGGUCGAUUUGACGAUCUUAUAGUUCUUUUAUCUGCGCCGUACGCGGCAUCACCUUUACGAAUUUUGACGGAUGUACUUCAGGAGGUGCUGCAGCUGAGGCUACGUUUAACUUCGGGAGAGUGUGGGGGAAUUGAAGAUUCCGCGGAUCGGGUUGAUGCAUGGGAAUCCCUCCAGCGUAUGGCGAAUGCUCUUUCGGACCCACUUGCUGUUCGAAGUGUGCUUUCAGGAGCGAUUCAUGCGGUAAAGGAGGCGACGGAGGCGGCAUCUGAGGUGGGAGAUCGGAUUAGCGAGCGUGAACUUCAAAGGGAAUUAGGCGACAUAGAAUCCUUUUGUUCUCAAUUGCGGCAGUGGAAUGCUGAAAUGGAAAAAAAUCUUACAUUUAUUGCUCAGACUGCUGACGAUGCCAGGUAUUCUCAUUUGUUGGAUUGGGAUCUGUCAAAUGUUGUCAUGGCAGAGAUUUGGCAUGGCCUACUUGAGCUAUGCAGUUUGACGGGAGCUUUUUACGUUGCUGUGGAGUCGCUCAACCAUCUCAUUGAAUUGAGCGAACUGGUGGAGUGUAUUGAUGCAAAAAAGAAAGGUGACAAGGCGUUGUGGCAUGGAAGGAAUGAUAAGGACAAGAAUGAACACGAGGAAGCAGAGGAAGAACACCAGCAAUCCGCUUUUACGCUAGAUAAUGUGGUGGAGGUAGUAGAGGAUGAAGUGCGAAAAUUUUUUCCACCAGUGCUGGCCAUUGAUCAUAUCCGAGCCAUGCGAAGCUGCGAGCUUGCCCGCAAUUUUGAUGUCGCUUACACUUUAUUUUCACGCUACAUACAGCACGCCAGGAGCGGUGUCUUUCCUCUUACAUCCAAAGACAUUGAAGCUGCUCUGAUUGCCCUCGCACGGUGCUGCAAUAAUACAGCCCAUUUUGCGAUGUUGCAGGAACUCUUUUUGGAGAGUGAGGCCGAUCAAGUGGUUGGUGUUUCGGUGGAGUUGUACACGGCCCUCAUUGAUGCUGUGAGCCGGGCGAAUGAAAAUCCACAAUGCAUGGCAAUAGCCCUUGCGCUUUAUCGUCGUUUGCGGGAUGGGGGUCUUGCGCCAACAGCCGAUACGUACGCCGGUCUAAUGGCUUGCUGCGCCGCUCAAAAAGACCCGAA